GUGUAGUCCAACAGAAGGUUCUGGGCAUUUUCCCCUCUGGGCCUCCUGCGAACCUGAGGACAUACAGCACACUACAUCCUACCACGGGCAACAUCAACCUCAGAGCCACCACAUCUGGCUCAGCUACUCAGCAACAGGCCAGUACAGCUGCAGGUCAAACCCAGCCUUGCGCUUCGAUGAGCCAGUCAACUACCCUGUCUACCUCUGUGGGCACCACGAUGGUCAGAAGUCCAACGAUGACUCAACAAGGCCAACCUCAGCAGAUGGUGCCGGGUUCUACACCCGUGCAGGCGGCGGCAGCGGCUCAGAGAGCAGCGGCUCCUGCACCAUCACCUCACGCACCCGCCACAGCUCCUGGACAGUCGCCGGUAGCUCCCCCCCAGACCAACAGACCACAGCAGGGUCAAGUCAAACUAACUAUGGCACAGCUCAUGCAGCUGACACAGAGCGCUCAGGGUGGAAACCCAGGUCUGACGGUGGUGAUCCAGGGUCAGGGCCAGAGCCAGGGCCAGCUGCAAAUCAUCCCACAGGGUGUAACAGUCAUCCCUGGCCCUGGUCAGCAGCUAAUGCAGGCAGCCAUGCCGAAUGGUCAGGUCCAGCGCUUCCUCUUCACUCCCAUGCCCCCAUCCUCACCAGCUUCAGCAGCCACUCCUGCCACCCCUGCUGUACCUCAGACCCCUCCAACCCAAAUGUCAGCUCCAGCCCAAGCCAGAACCAUUGCACAUGUCCAGACGACGCCCUCAGCCUUAGCCCAAACACAAAUGGCCGCCCCUCUACCUGCCCCAACACAAAUGCCAAGUUUGGCCCCCAGCCCAGCUUCAAUCCCUGUGCAAACCCAAAUCGCAGCCCCUGUGCCUGCUCCAGCACAAGCUGCAGCCCAGACCUUGAUGCAAACACAAGUUUCAGCUGCUUUCCCACAAUCCAUCCCUGCUCAAUCACAAAUAUCUGCGGCCCAGGCCUCCACCCAGGUUUUCUCCUCCGCACCAGCCACUCUCCCCGCGCACCCCGGAGUCCCAGCUAUGACUCAGAAAGUCUUCACCUCAGCCACGGCGCCUCAAGUCUCAACCAUGGUCCAAAGCCAAGUCUCCACCCUUCCCCCAGGCUCGUUCCCGACACAAACCCAGACCUCCGUGACACUGCCUGUCCCUGGACAAGUUGCACCUCAGGCCCAGGUCCAGGCACAUGCCCUCCACUCUUCCCCGGGCUUAACCCCAACCCCUGUCCACAUGCACAUUACUGCUCCUUCCCCUGCCCUCGCCCCCGUCUCAGUCAAGGCUGCCCAAGUUGCUGCCGUUACCAACUCAGCCCAAAUGCAAGUUUCUGCCUCUCUUCCCUCUGCAGUCCCAGUCCCAACCCCCGCUCUUGCUCCCGUCUCCGCUCCUGUUUUAGCUGUUGUGUCCACUCAGAUUGCUGUCCCGUCCCCGGCCAAAGCUCUAACCCAGAUUCAAGCCACAGCUCCAGUUCCCCUCCACGCUGCUGUGGCCGGUGCUGUUGUCACACCGGUCACAGCCACCUCCACCACACCUUCAGUGCCAGCUCUGAUAGAACAGAGGGCAGCUCAGCCCCAGGUUUGGACUCCAGCCACAUCUCAAGGUCAGACUCCUGUUCAGCCGGCUCAGCAGGCGGCAGUUCCUAUUCAGGCACCUGUCCUGGCCACUGUACCGGCCUCCGCCCCUGGAUCAGUGUCCACACAUUCACCCUUUACCCCCCUGCCACAAGCAUCUCUUACUCCCCAGUCUCAAGCACAAGUCCAGCACCCUACAGUUGUGUCCAUGCAGCAGGUGACUCAAAUGCCAGUCUCAGCUGUGCAGGUUCAAAUGAAGGGAAUACCAGUCUCCUCUGUUGUAACUACACUGAGACCCCCCCAACCUCAGCUCCAGCCCCAAACCACUAGCCAACUACAACCCCAGCCUCAAGCCCAAAUCCGUGCACAGAUUCAGGUCCAGCCCUUUGGCCAAGUGCAGCAAAUGCCACACAUUCAGGCUCAAGCCCAUCUCCAGUCCAAAGCACAAGCCCAAAUCCACCCGCAAGUCCGAGUUCAGUUUCAACCAUGUGCACCCCAAGCCCAAGUACAGCCCCUUGCUCAAAUCCAACCUCAGGUGCAGUUUCAGACCCAAAACCAGAGCUUUCCCCAGGCCCAGCUCCAGUCAAGUGUCCAGUCCCAGUACCACCCCCAGGUACAAGCUUCAUUUCAAACGCAGGCCCAGCCCCAGACUCAACAACAGCCCCAGGUCCAACCUCAGCCCCAGGUACAGUCGCAGCCUCAGGUUCAGUCUCAGGCCCAAAACCAACUCCAUCACCAGGUUCAGGUCCAAUUCCAGCAACAGAGUCAGAUCCAGCCUCAGGCUCCGCAGCAGCAACAGGUCCAAACGCAAGUCCAAACCCAGCCCCAGUUUCAAAUCCAGUCACCGCAGCAGAUCCAAGUCCAAGCCCAGCCCCAAGUUCAAGCUAAGCUCCAAGUCCAGUUCCAGCCUCAAACCCAGAAUCAAGUUCAAACGCAGCCCCAGCUUCAGGUCCAAUCUCCAAUCAGGCAUCAGCUCAUCACUGUUCCCGGCCUGCAGCAGCCAGUCCAGCUUCUCUCAGCUCUGCCGGCCCAUGUUGCAGCUCAGAUCCAAGCUCAGAUCCAGGCACAGGCGCAGCAGCAGGGAGGCACGGUUCCACAGCAGAUCAAACUGCAGCUGCCUAUCCAGAUCCAGCAGACAGGGGGGCAGAUUCAGGCCCACCAGAUCCAGAACAUGGUGACCAUACAGGCACCAGCGAGUGUCCAGGAGCAUCUACAGAGGCUGCAGCAGCAGCAACAACAACAGCAGCAACAACAACAACAAC